UGUCCAAAGUAUUAUUAAAAAUCACAAAAAAAAUUUUCUAUUUUCACUUGUUUUCAAAUAAUUUUCUAAUCCGCCAGCAACCAUAACGCAGCCAAAGACAGCAACAUUUUUGUUUACUUAAUUCAAACUGGAAAUAGACUGGAAAAUAUCGAAACGAAUCGCAAAACGAAAAUUGUCACAUCAAGCGCAAUGUCAGAUGAAUUGAAUUCAGAUGAAGACCGCUAUGCGAACGAGUCUUUCGAGAAUGACACGGAUGAGAUACCAGAAAUUUCGGAAACGGACAGUGAAAGUGAACUCGAACCGACAAUGGUGCCGUCUAAUAGCUCGCUCUAUGCCUAUGCAAGAAGUCGCUUUAGUGGACGCAAGGGUUCGUUACAAAAUAAGAAUUACGUGCCCUAUGAUAGUUCCUCGGAAGACGAUCAAGAUGUUGUGAUAAGUGAGACUAUUGCCGAAAUCAAUACCGAACCCAUGUGCAUGGAUGACGCUGUCCUCGCACCACAAAUAUCUUUCAAGGCAUCACUGACACGACGUGGCAGCUCGGCGCGUAUGAAGGGGAGCAAGCGUAUGCUAGUUGAACCGUUAUCUAUUGUGGAAAUACCGAAUACUGCGCCCACCGUCGUCGAUAAUGUGAGUAAUGGCGAAGUCUCGGACAAUGACGAGGAAGAAGCCAAAACUGAACUGCCCACGGAGAAUGAAAGUGAGGUGCUACACAAAUUUAAAGACUUAAGUUGCAGGCAAAAUGAAUCAACGGAAGAGGAUGAUGCUUUAUUGGCCUGUAAUGCCCUGCAACCGCACGAGGAACUCCCUGACAAUGAUUCACAAAAAGAGAUAGAUGUGCACAUGAAUGCGCUAGACAUAUCGUCUGGAGAGAAGCUGAUAGACACUAUUGGUAAUUAUACGGACGUUGCUAGUGUAAGUGAUAGCCAGCUGAAAGCAAUUGAUAAUGAACUUGCGGAAUAUGAUGUAAAUAUUACCAGCGAAACGCCGACUAGUUUCAAUUCGGAGGAUUAUGCCUUUCAUUUGAACUUCCUGAAGACGUGUGGAUCGAAUGACAAAUUUAAAAUGCGGUCUAAUCCACGUAAAAGCUGGAGCUUUUCCAACGAUCGAAUGCGUGAGAUUGAGCGACACAAUCAUAUUUUGCUACGAAAAAUACUCUCACAGAAGCCGACUUACCAUUUGGCCACACCAAAACCAACUAAAUUCGCUACAUUACCCCCCACGACGCGUAUCACCAGCGCAGCGAUAAACCGAAAAAAGAAGCAACGACAAAUUGAUCUUGAUAAUCAAGGACUUAAACGUCGCAUCGAGGCCAUAACCCUACGGCGCCCAACCUUGCAACAUUUAAAUUUGUAAUAAAUGUGAUUUUUCGAUUUUUUUUUAUGUACAAAUAUCAUUUAUUAUUUGAGACUAAAUGUUGAACAGCAUAUACCAAAAAUAUAUUUUGGCCAUUUAAACUUUA